CCCAGAUAUCUCUCACACACACACACACACACACACUGACUGUGGUAAUCUGCCCUGCAAUCGACAGGGACGGGUACACAAUCUGCAAAACAACAAUCUGGCGCAUCGUGUCACGUUGCAUCUAAUCAGCUUUAUCUCUCACUCUGCUGCUGAGCUCAGCCAUUUCCUUACUCCCCCCAACCACAAUCACAACCCGCCUGUGUUUCCGUUGCUUCCGCUGGGCGCAAUCCCCCACCUCCUCUCCAUUAGCUCCGUCCUUUGAAGCGCAGUUUACUCUGAGAGUUUUCCAGGGGUUCAACAGCAAUCAUGAGGCUAUAUAAUGAGCUUGUUCGUCCCUCCUCGAGGACAGCAUCAUCACAUCGUUCCAUUAUCAUUUUCGUGACUUACCCGUCGUCUUUCGACUCUCAACCUCUCCUGUUGCCCACUCCUGCUUGAGAAAAGCGCAACAUAACAAAUCCACCGAAACGAUGGCCCCCGCUGCUACUUCUCCCAAUGCCACCCCUGCCCCUGUGCAGAAGGGCACUCCGGCUCCUUCCACUCUUUCGAAGCGUUUUGGUAGCCGUGUCAUCUUGACUACCUAUCCCAAGCAGAGCGGUGUUGAGCCCUACCCUCUGAACUGGGCGGCCGAGGACCCCGACGAGCGUGGCCCCGUCAUUGUCUCUCGCUAUGGCAAGACCAUGAAGUACCGCAAUGCCAUCGGUGCUCACGGCGGUAGCUACAUGAUUUACAAUGCCCUCGCUGUCGCUGGCGGCAACCUGGACAUGGAUUUCCGUCCCUCGUUCCACAACACCGAGCCCGUCUUUGACUUCCCUCGCCAGCCGGCCUGGUUCGACAAGACCAAGAUUGUGGCCAUGGACCCCUUUGGUCACGAAGUCCAGACUCUCUACAAGAAGCACCUUGACGAUGGUCUCGACAUUCGUCCCUCGAUCGCCAUCACUCGCGCAACCAUGCGUGUUGCUGAAAUUAGCGAGGCUAUCAAGAAUGACGUCCUGCCUGUCGAUGGCAACAUUGUCCUCAACCGCGACGGUGACGUCCGUGUCACCAAGGUCGCUGUCGAGCCCGUCUGGUAUUUGCCCGGCGUCGCUGAGCGUUUCGGUCUCGACGAGGGCACUCUCCGUCGUGCUCUCUUUGAACACACUGGCGGUAGCUGGCCUGAGCUCAUUACGCGCCCUGAUCUCAAGGUCUUCCUGCCUCCCAUUGGCGGUCUGACCGUCUACAUCUUCGGUCCUCCGGAGAAGAUCUCGGAUCCCAAUGUCCGUCUGGCCUGCCGUGUCCACGACGAGUGCAAUGGUUCCGACGUCUUCCAGUCCGACAUUUGCACGUGCCGCCCCUACCUUGCUUUUGGUAUCCAAGAGGCCAUUCGCGAAGCCCAGAACGGCGGUAGCGGUAUCUGCAUCUACUUCCGCAAGGAGGGUCGUGCUCUCGGUGAAGUGGUCAAGUACCUCGUCUACAACUCGCGCAAGCGCGGCGGUGACACUGCCGACAAGUACUUUCAGCGCACCGAGAACAUUGCUGGCGUCCGCGAUAUGCGCUUCCAAGAGCUCAUGCCCGACAUUCUCCAAUGGCUCGGUGUCAAGAAGAUUGACCGCAUGCUUUCCAUGUCCAACAUGAAGCACGACGCCAUUGUCAAGCAGGGCAUUCCAAUCUACGAGCGUGUGCCUAUUCCCGACGACAUGAUCCCCGAGGACUCUCGUGUCGAGAUUGACGCCAAGAUCCACUCUGGCUACUUCACCACCGGCAAGCAGCUCAGCGAGGCUGAGCUUCAGCAGACUCGUGGCCGCGGCUGGGAGAAGUGGGAGGACGUUGCUCACUAAACGAUUCAUGAUUCAUGAUACCCCACGUUUUAUCUUUUCUCUUUAAUCGAAGUCUCUUUUCAUUGUACAUAUUUCUGCUUGCCGUUGAGUGUCUGGUUCGGCUAGAGCAUUGGAUCUGAUAUUUUCCUUUUGCAUACAGCAUAGAGCAGAAAAGGCAUUUGAAUGCAUCUUGGUGUUGGAGAGGUUGAGAAUAUAUACAAUAGAAAACUGAUCAUCUUCAAUUAUUCAUCGUUGAAUGUGUUUAUUUUGGUUAUAUGUGGCUAUAGUGGUAGCGACCACAAACAUGGCAAGUCCAUGUACUCCGUGAGGGG